AUGGCCGACGAGAAGACGGUCGACCCCCGGGUGACGAGCCCGUCCAAGGGCAAGACAGUGACGGAGAAGAAUGCCGACGUGACGCUACGGCUGCUCGAGCAGCACGGCGAAGAGUUCGGGCCGCUCACCCCCGAGCUGGAGAAGAAGAUCCGCAGGAAGCUGUACCUCCGCGUUAUGACAUUGCUGUCUGCGAUCAAUAUCAUGUUGUUUGUCGACAAGUCGACGCUCGGCUAUGCCGCCAUUCUGGGUCUGUUCGAGGAGACUGGUAUCAGACAAGCCCAGUACAACAACCUCAACACAAUGUUCUACGUCGGAUACCUGGCAUUCCAAUGGCCCGGCCACUACCUGAUGCAGAAGCUGCCUUUCGGCAAAUACGUCGCCGUCACCAUCUUCGCCUGGUCCGUCAUCAUCUUCCUGCACUGCGUGGCGACGCGCUACGCCGGCCUCGUCGUGAUGCGCCUCGCCCUCGGGGCCGCCGAGGCCGUCAUCGUGCCGGCGAUGGAGAUGACGAUCGGCAUGUUCUUCAACCGCCACGAGCAGUCCUUUCUGCAGCCCGUCCUCUGGAUCACCUGCCAGGCCGCCCCCGUCGUCACGGGCUUCCUCUCCUACGGCCUGCUCUGGACCGCCGGGCCCGUCCUCCCCUGGAAGCUGCUCCACGUCGUCACGGGCGGCCUCACCCUCCUCCUCGCCGUCUGGGCCUGGUUCGACUACCCGAGCAACCCGGCCGAGGCGCGGUUCCUCACGCUCGAGGAGAAGGUGCAGGUGAUCCGCCGCGUGCACCACGCGCAGCAGAGCUCGAUCGAGCAGAAGCGGUUCAAGAAGGAGCAGUUCGUCGAGACGAUAAGGGACCCCGUGUCGUGGCUGUUCGCGCUGCAGUCCUUCACCCUCAUGUACUCCAACAACCUCAACUACGGGCAGAAGAACCUCAUCACGACGUCCAUCGGCAUCAAGCCGCUCGGGUCCACGCUCGUGGCCGCGGCGGGCGGCGGCUUCGGCGUCGCCUGCUGCGUCGUCGCGACGCUCGCCCUGCGCCGGUGGCCGAGCAACCUGGCGCUGCACGGGACGGUGUGGUGCCUCCCGGCGGCGGCGGGCGGCGUCGCCAUGAUGACCAUCGACUGGGGGUCCAAGACGGCGCUGCUGGGGUCCCUGAUCCUGGCGGCGAGCACGUACGGCGUGACGUACAUCAUCGCGCUGGGCUGGACGACGUCGACGGCGGCCGGGUACACCAAGAAGCUGACGCGCAACGUCAUGUUCAUGCUGGGCUACAGCGCCGGCAACCUCGUGUCGCCGCAGAUCUGGGCGCCCAGCAGCGGGCCGCGGUUCUACGGCGCCUGGGCGUCCAUGAUCUCCGUCAGCUGGGUGGGCACGCCGCUCAUCCUGUGGGCCAUCCGGUUCAUCCUCGCGCGGAGGAACGCCGAGAGGCUGGAGUACAUCGCCGGCCUGAGCGACGACGAGCGGGAGGGUUGGGUCGAGCAGGUGGGCGAGGACGGCGAGGUCGUCAGGGUCAAGGUCGACAUUGCUGUCUUGGACCUGACGGACUUGCAGAACAAGCAGUUCUUGUACCCCCUGUGA